GCUUUGACGACUAACAGCAUAGUCAUGGCGUCCUCGGCUGCGACCCGUGUGGCAGCGGGUGCUGGAAAAGCAGUAAAACCAAUAUUUAGCCAUGAUCUGAACGAAGCUAAACGCAGGGUCCGAGAGCUGUACCGAGCCUGGUACCGGGAGGUGCCCAACACAGUGACGGUGCAUUUGCUGGACCUCACCGUAGUCCAGGGAAGAGCCAAAUUGCGCGAGAUGUUUGACAAGAACAAGCAUGUCACUGACAUUCGAAUGAUCGACAUCUUCGUCAUGAAGGGUAAAAUGGAACUUGAGGAAACGGUCAACAUCUGGAAGCAGAAGUCCCACGUGAUGUUCUAUUUCAGCACGACGAAAGAACCUCAACCAACGGACUUCCUGUCCAAAUUCUACAAGGGUCAUGACCCAUGAGCUUUGCAACUGCAAUCUGACCUCUGAUCCAUCUUUGUUUGAGUCCAGUGUGUUCCUCUUUGAUGUAAAUACAUGCUUUAACAAUCGCAUACCUUUAACUGUCAUUUGUUCGGCCUCAGAUUCACUUGUUUUU